AUGAAGGGCGACAUGAAUCCUAUAAAAUUGCGAUUUUAUAACGAAAGAUUUGAGAAAGAAAAAAAAUAUUUUCGACUGCAUGAAAAAUUUGUAGCUAUCGCGCGAACGAAACCUCUAACCGGUAAAUUUUACGCGAAACAUGACGUGAUCCCAGAAUGCGAGAUUCGACAAGAAUAUAUCGAUUUGAUUUCGAAACGAUUACUUCUAACCCCAAAGGAUAUUUAUACGUUCAAGCCACCAACAGUGAAUAUGGAGUACGGUUGGUUUUCCGAACUUUUGAUACCUCGAACGAAAGAUCCAAGAUUAUGCUUCCCUAAAAAGCAAACGGAUUUCAUAUCUAAUGAGCUUAAAAUACGUCACGUACAAAGAGGUUUACCGAUCGAAAAAUUUGUCGGAAUACCAUUCAAAGUUUAA